GUGGGGUCCUGAGGACCGAGUUUGAGAACCUGUGCUGUAAAUUAACCAGCACAAGCAGUGUACUGCUAACAUUACACAGAUUGCUUGGAAGUGGAACCUUUAUUACAUUGUUUGUUUCCUGGGGGAAGGAAUAUGUAGAACACAGGACGUGCUUUUACAGCUAGAAGGAGGGAGGGGCAUUGACAUGAUGUGAGGAGGGAAAUGGAGGCAGCAGGAAGCCACAGACUGAGAGUUGUAUAGUGGGAAGAGCAGGGUCCCUUGGGGGACCAAAAAGGGGCCCGGCCACUACACAAAGUGCGUCAGAAAUGGCAGGCUCAUCCGCAGAAAUGGAUCCUGAACUGGCACGACAGUUGUUCUUUCAGGGAGCAACAUUUGUGAUUCUCGGGUUUCCUGAGGGUUCUGAAUUUGGUAUAGACUCGAACAGUUGGCAAGUUGGUCCACGAUUUAGAGGAGUGAAGAUGGUGCCUCCAGGAGUUCACUUCAUCCACUAUAGUGUGAAGAGGAAAGGGGGAGCUUAUGGGGAAACUGGGCCACGCUCGGGCAUGUUCUUUUACUUAGAGCAGAAAAAUAUUCAUCUUCUUAAAUGGGACUCUAAAGAAGAAGAAAUGGUGACCGCCUCCCAGGACGAGGCUGAAAAUCUACGGGAACAGCUAACUUCCUUGGAUCCUUUUUUGGGACCGUACCCCUAUGAAAGUCUGCGUUGCUGGGUUUCCCUGAGCAGUCACAUUACUAAAGAAGCCAUUUUAAAGUUACAGCCAACCUGCGGGACAAUCUGUUCCUUUCCAGAGGUUCUGCCCAUUGAGGUGAUGACCCACACAGAGGAUCGAGUGAAGCACAACUUACCCAGGUACGACACGGUAUGUCAAAACUAUAAGGAAGGCCUGUCUAGACUCCCCCAAAUGAAACAAAAAGAAGGAACAGAGAUCCGAUUUAGCCAGCUCCCAGAGAAAAUGUAUCCAGAGAAUGCUACUCCUGCUGAAGUCACUCAGCACAGCAUGGACCUAUCUUAUGCCCUUGGACAAAUUAUUGAAACACACUAUCCAGGAAAACCGAUUGAGCUUCUAGCUGAGCUGCAGUUUUCCUUUGUGUGUUUCCUGUUUGGGAACGUGUAUGAAGGCUUUGAACAGUGGAAGAACCUGUUGAAUCUUCUAUGCCGGGCAGAGUCUUUCUCCUUGCAGCACCCGGCCCUGUACAGUGAGGUCAUCUCUGUCCUAUAUUACCAGCUGGCACAGGUUCCCACAGACUUCUUCAUCGACAUUGUAUCUCAGAACAACUACCUGACCAGUACUCUGCAGGUUCUUUUUUCAUUCCUGUGUUCCCCGACCUCGGAUAAAGCUCUGAGAAAGAAGGCUGUCCGUUUCAGAGCCCAUCUCACCAAGACGUUCCAGUGGGAUUUUGAAGAGGACCCUCUAGACUGUGCUCCACUUGUUGUCCAGCUGCCUGACGGGUGGGAGAACCAUACCUCAGACCAAGCUACAUGUCCAAAAGGGAAUAAUGAAGUUCUCCUCCCUUCAUAGCUGGAAUAGGGCUGACAAAAUAAUCUAAAUAGAAUUGCUGGUUUCUUCUCCUACCGAUGUCCUCAGUAGCUUCCACCUGAUUCUUGGAUGGGCAGGUGAUGGGACAUAAUGGAUAUUCAGGUGUAGGAACCGUGCUCAUGAACUAUGAAACUACAAACUUUAUAUUGUUUAGGUAUUUUAGGGUGAGCUGUGGCAAUCUGUCUUUGUUUGAAAUUCCAUUUGGUGUAUCUAUAUAAAGACUGGGAUUUUUCAGUA